AUGGGCUGCCUUUGGGGCCUUCUUUGGCCCCACUUUGGGGUCCCCCACCCCAAAAAAACCUUUAAAUCCCCCCCAAAUUCCUCUCCCCACAGCGAGAUCGACAUCUGGUUCCCUCUGGUGGAGCAACUGGAGGUCCCCACCUCCUGGUGGGACGCCGAGGCUGACAAAUCCCUCCUGAUCGGGGUCUUCAAACAUGGUUACGAGAGGUACAACACCAUGAGGGCCGACCCCGCUCUCUGCUUCUUGGAGAAGGCCGGCCGCCCCGACGAAAAGGCCAUCGCCGCCGAGCAGCGCCUGGACGGGGGGGACGGGUGA